UCUAUUUGGCUUUCGAUCACCUUUGCUGCGAUGUUCUCCUCCCGAACGAUGAUCUCUCUCGCUGCGGCAGCCAGAAUCGCCUCCGCUGUCACGAUUGGGCCUGUUGGUUCAUUCGUCGUGGCCAACAAAACAAUCUCUCCCGAUGGUGUCCCCCGAGCCGCCGUUCUCGCCGGCGGCACGUUCCCUGGCCCGCUCGUCACCGGAAAGAUCGGCGACAACUUUCAGCUCACCGUCGUCGAUCAGCAGCAGGACAACCGCAUGCUAGAGCCGACGUCCAUUCACUGGCACGGGUUGUUCCAGAAUGGGACGAACUACAUGGACGGGCCUGCGUUCGUCAAUCAGUGUCCGAUUUCACCUGGAAACUCGUUCACCUACGAUUUUACGUCUCAACAAGCUGGAACAUUCUGGUAUCACUCUCACCUCGCUACCCAGUACUGCGAUGGUCUGCGCGGCGCGAUGGUCAUCUACGAUCCGGCGGACGCAUACCUCUCGGAGUACGAUGUCGACGACGAAUCGACGGUGAUAACCCUGUCCGACUGGUACAACGUCUUUGCUGAAACCGUGGCGGGUGUCGGUGUCCCAUCCUCCAUGCUCAUCAACGGUCUUGGACGGACCGCGGCGACGCUCACGAACACAACCCUCGCGGUGGUCAACGUCAAGCAAGGCUUGCGUUACCGUUUCCGUCUGGUCAACACCGCCUGCGACUCCAACUACGUUUUCCAAAUCGACGGUCACACCAAUUUGACCAUUAUCGAGGCGGACGGGAUCCUCCACCAACCGCUGAGCGUUGACUCGAUCCAGAUCUACGCAGCCCAGCGGUAUUCGUUCAUCCUGACUGCCAACCAAGCUGUCGACAACUACUGGAUUCGCGCCGCCCCGAACACCGGUCCCGCUGGUUUCACCGGGGGCAUCAACUCUGCGAUUCUCCGCUACGAAGGAGCGAACUCUUCCGAGCCCACGACCUCGCAGGACACCUCAGUCAACGGGCUCGUCAACGAGGUCAACCUCCACCCUCUCGUGAAUCCUGGUGCUCCCGGCGGUGCUUUCAUCGGUGGUGCCGACGUCCAGAUCAAUCUGGCUUUGGCGUUUGAUUUGACGACGUUCAAGUUCACGAUCAACGGCGCAUCCUUUGUGCCACCCACCGUGCCCGUGCUGCUCCAGAUCCUGUCCGGCGCACAGAACGCACAGUCGCUGCUCCCCAACGGCUCGGUGUACACCCUGCCGCACUUUGCGUCGGUCGAAAUCACGCUCGCAGGAGGCGUUGUUGGUGGUGGCCACCCCUUCCACUUACACGGACACGCGUUCGAUGUCAUCCGCUCCGCCGGAAGCAGCACCUACAACUACGUCAACCCCGCCCGCCGCGACGUCGUUAACAUCGGCAACGCCGGCGACAAUGUCACCAUCCGCUUCUUCACGGACAACCGAGGACCGUGGUUCCUCCACUGCCACAUCGACUGGCAUCUGGAAGCCGGUUUCGCGAUCGUGUUCGCGGAGGACGUGCCCGACUGGCAGUCGGAGCUGAUCCCGACCUCCGAGUGGAACCAGCUGUGUCCCAUCUACAACGCGCUUCCGGCUUCGAUCACGUCUCUCGCUGCCUGA